AUGGAGAAAAAAGACAAUCAAACCGUGGAGGAGGCGCUGGUCGGCCUGGGACAGGUGGACUUCCACGAAUUGCACAUUGAAAAAUUUGGCCUGACCAAACGAAAACUCACUGCUCGCCAUGUGCUGCUUAUGAUUAUAGGCCAGCUGAUCGGCACGGGACUUUUUGUGGGUGUGAAGACGCCGUUGAUGACGUCGGGAUCUUUAUCGUUGUUUCUUGGUUUUUUCGUUUGGGCGGCCUCCAUGAUAUGGCCGUUGAUGUUGGCUACUGGGGAAAUGUGCUCGUAUCUUCCAGUUAGAGGAACCUUUUUGCAUUUUGCUGCCCGCUGGCUCGAUCCAGCUUUGGGAUUUGCCGUCACCAUGAUGUACUUGUACACGACAUUGAUGUUCAUUUGCGUGGAAGCGGUGGCUUUUGCUUCUGUGGCUGGAUACUGGACCGACCUCAAUCCUGCUGUUUUUGUUACAAUUUGUCUUGUAACAAUACUCUUUUUCAACGUUUUUGGGGUCAAUUGGUACGGCGAGGUGGAGUUUUGUCUGUCGAUGUUGAAGGUGCUUCUCAUUGUAGGGCUCAUGUUCUUUGGACUUAUCACCAUGUGUGGAGGUAAUCCCAGAGGAGACGCCUACGGAUUUCGAAACUGGAACGAAGGGGGCUUUUCAAGGAGGAAAUUUCUUGGUUUCUGGAACGUCAUGAUCUUUGCUGCUUUCUCCUGUGGUGGUCCCGAUAUGCUAGGUAUGAUAUCUGGCGAGAUUUCGCAGCCACGGCUGAAUAUCGCUAUGGCUGCCAAAAGGACGUAUGUUCGAAUUUUCCUUUUCUACGUUGGAGGCAUUUUCUUCAUGAACAGCAUGUGUGCUUCCAAUAACCCGGACCUUAUAGCUGCCAGUGAAUCUGGAAAAGGCGGUGCUACUGCUUCUCCUUGGGUGAUAGGUAUAAAAUCCGUAGGAGUUCACGGUCUUGACUCUGUUGUAAAUGUCGUGGUUAUGACGUCGGCCUGGUCUUGUGGAAAUGGUUUCACAUAUGGUGCAGCUAGAUCUGCCUAUUCUGCUGCUUUGGCUGGUUACAUUCCAAAGGUUUUUUCAUACUGCCUCAAAAGCGGAUGCCCUAUAGUUGCAGUUCUUUUCGCCAUGGCUAUAGGAUGUCUUUCGUAUAUGACGUCGUCACAAGCAUCGGCUACUGUUCUUGACUGGUUCAUCAAUUUAGCAACUACCGGUUUGCUUUGUACUUUUGCAGUCAUGUGGAUGUGCUACUUCAAGUUCAGGAAAGCUGUGAAAAAGCAACAGUGUGAUUUUGAAGACCCCAAGUACUACAAGGUCAGCAGUCUUUUGCACCCAUACGUGACAUACUGGGCUGCCUUCCUCAACGGCAUUGUGCUUUUCUUCAACGGUUUCUGGAUCUUUUUUCCUGACCAGUUCAGUGUGGCCAAUUUGUUCACAUCCUAUUUUGCUCCUGUGUUCUUUGUGGUCUUGUUUGUCUUCUGGAAGUUCUGGAAAAAGACCCACUGGCGGACUGACGAGGAAGCAGAUAUCACUUCAGGGAAGGAAGAGAUUGAUGAUGAAGAGGAAGCCGAGGCUCACGAGUUGGCUCUUAAGCCUAGACGAAAAGACAUGUCUGACCGUCUCACACAGCUACAGAUCUGUCUAGACCAGCUUGUGGCGCAGUUCAAUGCCACCGUGAACUACGUCAACACGCAGGGAGAUUUGGCUCCACUCGAUGAAGACAAGACCUCAGUGAUCAACUUGGCUGCUAAUGCCCCACUUCCAGGAACAAGGAAGGAGGCAGCCACAGAACAGGCUAGUCAGGCUGCAAACUCUGAAGCAAGUGGCGCAACGUCGCGUCCAAAGCCAUCAUUCGACAGCGUCAUCAAUGAAUUGUCCACAGACAUCAUACUCAAGUCUCGUCAAAUAAGCAUGCUUAUAGACUCGCUACCGGGUAUCGGCACGCUUCCAGAGACGCAGCUUAAGAUCAUCGGAGACCUAGUGGAUGAGCUAGAUGAGGUUGAAAAAGAACGUGAGGGCAAGAUCAAGGAGAAGGACGAAUUGCUCAAGUGGUGUGAGGAGCUCAUAGUGGAUGUAUCACACGGCAUCUUCAAAACAAGAACGUGA